AUGAGGUCCUCUAUGACUCGGCGGACCUAUUCCACCAAAGAGGGCUUCAGCUCCAACUCUGCUAGUGGAGGGGGCGGGACCCGCACCCACACCAGCUUCAGCUCAGUGAUGGUGUCCCAGGGUGGAGGCAGUGGUGGGGGGCUCCUCUGCGGCCCCAGGGUGGGCGGCUUUGGCAGCCAGAGCCUCUAUAACUUGGGGGGCAGCAAGAACAUCUCGGUCAGCAUGGCCAGGGGGCCCUCUCUGAGGCAGGCUCCGGGAGGCUUCGGCCUUGGUGGUGGAGUCUAUAUGGGCCUGGGGGCUGCCAGGCAGACGUUUAGGCCCACCUGCCCUGCUGGUGGGAUCCAGGAGGUCACUGUUAACCAGAGCCUGAUGACCCCCCUCAACGUGGAGAUCGACCCGGAGAUCCAGAGGGUGCGCACCCAGGAGCGGGAAGAGAUCAAGACCCUCAACAACAAGUUUGCCUCAUUCAUCGACAAGGUGCGGUUCCUGGAGCAGCAGAACCAGGUGCUGGAGACCAAGUGGGUGCUGCUGCAGGAGCAGGGCCAGAACUCAGGUGUCACCAGGAACAACGUGGAGCCCCUCUUUCAGACCUUCCUGGGCAGCCUGCAGGGGCAGCUGGACAACCUCCAGAGUCAGAAGGCAAGGCUGGACUUGGAGCUGAGGGACAUGCAGGAGCUCAACGAGGACUUCAAGAAGAAGUACGAGGAUGAAAUCAACAAACGCACUGCUGCGGAGAACGAGUUUGUGGUGCUCAAGAAGGAUGUGGAUGCUGCAUACAUCACCCAGGCGGACUUGCGCGGCAAGAUAAGCAUCUUGUCAGAGGAGGUGGACUUCCGGAGGCAUCUCUAUGAUAUGGAGCUGAGCCAAGUGCAGACCCACGUGUCUGACACCAACGUGGUCCUCUCCAUGAACAACAAUCGCUGCCUGGACCUGAACAGCAUCAUCGCCGAGGUCAAGGCCCAGUACGAGGAGAUUGCCCAGAGGAGCCGGACUGAGGCCGAGGCCCUGUACCAGAGCAAGUACGAGGAGCUGCAGGUGACGGCUGGGAAGCAUGGAGACAACCUGCGGAACACCAAGAAUAGUAUUGCUGAGCUUUCCCGCACUGUCCAGAGGCUGCAGGGUGAGGCAGAUGCGGCCAGGAAGCAGUGCCAGAAGCUGCAGACAGCCAUUGUGGAAGCAGAGCAGCAUGGGGAGCUGGCGCUCAAGGAUGCUCAGAGGAAGCUUGGGGACCUGGAUGUGGCUCUGCAGCAGGCCAAGGAGGAGCUGGCCCGGAUAGUGCGUGACUACCAGGACCUGAUGAACACCAAGCUGGCCCUGGACAUAGAGAUUGUCACCUACCGCAAGCUGCUGGAGGGCGAGGAGAGCAGGAUGUCUGGAGAAUGUCCAAGUUCUGUCAGCAUUUCUGUGACCGGCAACUCCACCACCACGUGCAGAGGCGGCGCGGCCGGCUUCGGGGGUGGCCUCUCCCUGGGCGGGGGUGGUGGGGGCAUCACGGGUGGAUUCAUCUCCAAUGUGGUUUACAACCCUGUCAAGGGAGGGCCCGCCUCUGGGGGCACCUCCGUCCUGCGGAAGACCACCAAGGUCAAGACAUCCAGCUGGAAAUAUUAG